UAUCAAGAACAACCUCAUUACCAAGAAGACUUUCUCCCACAACCAGAAGGGCCAUCGGAGCUGGAGUUACCCAUGGCGGCCUUCACGGGCCACUCUGCAGAGCCAUGCUACACUUCACUGGAAGAUCCGAACGAACAAUUAAGGCUUCUCGUGGAGCAGUUUGCUCGAGACACUGAGAAAUCAUGCUCCAAGAUGGAUCUUCAAAUCAAAGCCCUUGCCACUUCCGAUCCCUCAUUUCUCCAUGAUAUGGAGGAGACUGUUCAGCGCUCAGCGAAGCAAACAGAGUGGGUGAAGCAAGUUUGCUCACAUCUUGCUCAAGAUCACCUUUCUGCUGCCACGCUAGAAGAGGUGGAGGAUGACAAAGGCUAUGGGAGCGUUGAGGAGCAUACAGAAGUUAUCACAGAGAACUCCCAUGAUAACCAUGAUCAAGAAAGUCCUUUGGUUGCAGACCACACCUUUCCUCAUUUAUGCUCUAACAUGUUGGGCCCGUGCGAGGAGAUGCAAGAUGAUCCCAUUGAAGAAAUUGCUUGGCGACUUGCUCUCCAAUCUGUUCUAGAAGAAGAAGAGCGAGCAAGGAUGAGGAAGAAAGUUGUGGAUGAUGAGGAAGAAAGAAAAGAAGAGGUGGUUCUUGAUCUUUUCCCAGGGGAGAGACCACAUUUUGAAGAAGGAAGGGGGGUUGAGGAAGCAAUUGGCGUCCAGGCUGAGGAUGAAGUUGAGGUGGAAGAGGCAUGCACCGGCCAUGAGUUGCAAGUAAUAUCCCCACCAAACUUUGAGGAACUGCUUGGCAAGGACCCAUUUGCAGUGUCUCUUUGCCAGACCAAGGCCACAUCGACAUCGGUCCCUCUUGGUGGACGCGAUGGUGGCCAAUCGAUGCUGUCAUAUCUGGUUUGGGGCAAUGAGACGAGAGAAGAGAAGAAGAGGUCUCGAGGGUGGAGACUUCAUCUGCAUCAAGUACAUGAGCCUUCAUCACCUGCCACACCACAUGCUCGUGACUUGAGACUCCACCUCAUCGACGAGAACCUCAACUUCAAGGAGGUUCUAGCAUGGACCGAAACUUAGGAGCCAUCGUCCGGCUCACGACGUGAAAGAAGCGCUUGUUGGGAGGCAACCCAACCAGUCGGUUUGCAUUUCUUUCUCUAUUUCUCCUCGGUUGAGUCAGUUUUGUUAUUUGAUUUUAGAGUCAAUAACUCAACCUUUGUGAGAUUUUGUGUGGUGUUUGUGUUCUGAUUACUCUCUCUUCCUGGACUGCACUGCCUGACCCGUACAUCAUCAUUCACCCUUGAUCUGGUAACUUCGUUCAACCCUCCUUAUCUUUCCUCCAUUGAGGACAAUGUCGUGCUUAAGUGUGGGGGGGUGUUCGAUUAUGUAUGCGGGUGAAUGUUUGGCUGUUUGUGUGCUUGGAGCCUAGUCCACUGUCCAAAUUUUUAAAUUUGAGGGCUCCAAGUACGUGUUUCCUUGCAAUUGCCUGCUCAGUAUGCUUUGAAUUGACAGUCUUUAUAGUAAUAUGCAACCUAGGGAGGUAGUGUAGCACUAUGGAGGAUGUUGAUGCAUUUAAGAAGUCUCGUUUCUUCUUCAUAUUGUGUUGGUUGAUUGAGUGAAUUAGUGAUCUUAGGACCCUUGAAUUGUGUGGUGUUGUGGAUUCUCUGCCUGUCAUGGACUCUUGUAUCAUGUUUUGAGUUUAACAGGUGCUCGAAAAUGUGCUUCAAAUAACGUCUCCCGUGCGAAUAGGGCGAAAGUGUGUAAGGGGAGACGGGAAUUCGUUCCCAAUUUCCACCUACUACCUCCAGCCCCCUUACAUGUCUUUCCCCCGCACGAGGCUCGAGACAUCCGCUCCUGGCAUGGCCGGUAAGAGCAGGUUGGGACCCUUGAAAAGAAAAGAAAAGAAAAAUAACAGAAAACAAGCAAAAUAGAAAAAAAGGGGGUUCCAACCAUCUUCAAGAAUAAAAUAGAGCACCUUGA